AUGACUGUGUCUCUACUUCUGAGGCUGCCAAAUAAUCUGCAUCACCGGAUGCUUGGACAAGUUGAUUUUAUCAAUGGGGGGCCUCCAUGCCAGGGUUUCUCUGGGAUGAAUCCAUUUAACCAAAGUAACUGGAGUAAAGUUCAGUGUGAAAAGAUCCUGGCCUUCUUAUCCUUUGCCGAUUACUUUCAGCCAAGGUUCUUCCUGCUCGAGCAUGUGAGGAACUUCAUGUCUUUCAACAAAGGACAGGCAUUCCGAUAUACCUCUGGUGUCAGUAACUCUGGAGGUUUGAAGGCGCGUCAUGGAGCCAUGGGCCCAAUUGCAUGGGGCGUGCUCCUUCCAUUUGGGGCAAUCAUCCCAAGAUACUUCAAGCAUCAUGAUCCUCAAUGGUUUUAUCUUCAUAUCUUGAUCCAGAUUGUGAGUUUUCUUCUGGGUUUUGCUACUGUUGUCGUAGGAAGGACACUCUACAAUGGACUGGAGUCCGAUCGCAUUUGCAAAUUCAAGAUUCAGACCCCUCGAAUCCUUAGUGCUUUCCCUUAG